AUGAAAGAUGAAAUAAAAGACAUUGUUGACAAAUAUAAAGAAAAGGAUACUUCAAAAGUCAUUGUCAUAUUUCAAGCUAUUGGAAAUGCGCCCAUUUUAAAGCAAAAAGUAUUUAAAUUAACAGCUUCCAACAAGUUUCAAACAGUUAUACAAUUCCUAAGGAAAGAACUUAAAUAUAAAGGCUCAGAUCCAUUGUUUCUAUACAUCAACAGUUCCUUUUCACCUUCACCUGAUGAAACAAUAUCCAAUCUUCAUAAAUGCUUUAAUACCGAUGGACAUUUAAUCGUCAAUUACUGUACAACAGCAGCUUGGGGAUGA